UUUUGUUCAAAUAAUUAUCAGGGCAAAGGUAUACGGAUGGCCAAACACGUACGUAUUUACAAAAGCAUUGGGAGAGAUGCUGAUUGGGCAUCUGAAAGAACAUCUAUCAGUGGUAACCAUACGUCCCACCAUUGUAACCAGUACUUUGAGAGAACCCUUCCCCGGCUGGAUUGAAGGUGUCAGGACAAUUGACAGUCUAGCUGUUGGUUAUGGAAAAGGAAAACUAAAAUGCUUCCUCGGCGAUCUUAAGGGAAUCAUUGAUUUGGUACCAGCUGAUAUGGUGGUAAAUGCUAUGAUCGUGGCCAUGGUGGCUCAUGCAAAUCAACCUUGUGAUAUAAUUUAUCAAGUGGGGUCUUCAGUAAGAAAUCCUAUGAGAAACAGAGAUCUUCAAGAUUUCGGCUUCCGUUACUUUACUGAAAAACCCUGGAUAAAUAAGGAUGGAAAACCUGUCAAGGUUGGCAAGAUGUUAGUGUUAAGCAGCAUGGAUAGCUUCCGCAGAUACAUGGCAAUUCGUUAUUUGUUUCCAUUAAAGGGACUAGGAUUGGUGAAUGCAGCAUUUUGUCAGUAUUUCCAGGGAACGUAUCAUGAUCUGAGUCGAAAGGUCAACUUUGCGAUGAGAUUGGUGGAACUUUAUGAGCCUUAUUUGUUCUUCCAGGGCGUGUUUGAUGACAUAAACUCGGAAAAGCUGCGAAUGGCAGUAAGAGAGAGUGCUGCAGAUGCAGACAUGUUUUACUUCGAUCCAAAGCGCGUGGAUUGGGAAGACUACAUGAUUAAUGCUCAUCUUCCUGGUGUGGUAAAGUACGUUUUCAAGUAAUACACAACACAAGUCCCAGCUAUAUAUAUAUAUAGUAUUGCGUUUCCAUUCAGAUUUUAAAACAUUUGUGUUCCAAGAGCGAGUAAUUUAUCUUGUAACUUUUGAUCAUAAGUUUA